AACACCGAAUCGCUCGAUGUGAGACGUCCAUGACUGCGUCCCUCUGCCAAGGGAUUGACACGGCACGGAUUCGUGGGUGCUUGCCAGAGAGCAGCGAUAUCCACGAUCAACUGGGAUGGGGCAGCCGGGCCGCUGGCAAACAAACGCUUCUUUUCUCGAUCGGACGAAAGGGUGCAAUCCGCUCGGGCUCUCGCUGACAUCGCCCAGGGCCAAUAACGCACCGUUCAAAAUACCGAGCUCCGAUGCCAUGGCUUGCAAGUUGCAAGGACCAAGACUCACUUGCCAGACGCCGCCGUCGUCGUCGACAGCGACCAUCGCCGAUAUCCAAAAGCGAGACGAUGCGAUGAUUCAGAUCAUGAGCGAUCCGCUCACAAUGCAGCAUCUGCCGUUCCUGAGCAAGUGGACCCAGGAAACGAUGGCGGCACGACGAGAGGGACAGCUGGAAGGGAGUCUCCGCGGUGAGCAGCUGCCAUUCGACGUCUACGAGGGCACCCGGCUGAUCGGAACGGCUGGAUUCAGGUCGCUGGAGAAUGUCGAGCAAGACGAUCCCAACACCAAGCUGCUGGUUGGCGAGUUUGGCAUGAUCCUGAACCACUCGCAUUGGGGACAGGGAUACGGCACCGAGGCCCACUUCCUGGUGCUGGAGUAUGGCUUUGCAGAGCUCAAGGUCGACUCUGUGUUUUUCCAAACGGCCGAUGCCAAUUCGGCGAUGAAGGGGUUCUUUGAGAAAGUCUUUGGAACCAACAAGACAGAGACCCAUCGCGAAUGGGCUGCGUUCUACGACGGAGAUGUUUGUCGGUACGAUCUGACCCGGGAGCAAUGGUAUGGGUCCGUUCGGGAGAGGACACUGCGUCGCCUCGAGCAGGCAGCUGCAGCCAAUAUGCAGCAAUAGUCAGCAAUAGCCAGCAAUAGCCAGCAAUAGCCAGCAAUAGCCAGCAAUGGUCAG